GAGGACACGGGGAGAGACAUUCAGACAGAGAGAGGCACAAGGAGACAGAGACAGACACACACAGAGAGGCACAGAGAGGCACAGAGAGUGAGAGAGGCACACACAGAGAGACGCACACAGAGAGACACACACAGAGAUACAGAGAGAGAAACACACAGAGAGACAGAGAGAGAGAGAGACACACAGAGACACAGAGAGAGACACACAUAGAGAAACAGAGAGUCAGAGAGGCACAAACACAAAGAGGGAGGCACGGAUAGAGGCACAAAGUGAGAGCGAGAGACACAGAGUGAGAGAGAGGGGCACACACACACAGACGCACAGACACACACACACAGAGUGAAAGACACACAGACACACACAGACACACAGCCACACACACAGACACAGACACACAGACACACACACAGAGAGUGAAGGACACACACACAGACACACACACAGAGAAAGUGAAGGACACACAGACACACAGACACACACAGACACACAGCCACACACACAGACACAGACACACAGACACACACACACAGAGAGUGAAGGACACACACAGACACAUACACAGAGACACACACACAGAGAAAGUGAAGGACACACACACAGACACACACACAGACACACACACAGACACAGACAAACACAGACACACACAGACACACAGGCACACACACACAGACACACACACAGACACACACACACAGACACAGACACACACACAGACACAGACACACACACAGACACACACACACACACAGACACACACACACAGACACAGACACACACACACAGACACACACACAGACACACACACAGACACACACACACACACAGACACACACACACACAGACACACACACAGGCACACACACACAGACACACACAGACACACACACACAGACACACACACACACACAGACACACACACAGACACACACACAGACACACACACAGACACACACACACAGAGUGAGUGAGAGACGGAGUGACCGACACUCUAGCGCAGAGGGACCGGGCAGGGUAUCCACCCCGACACCGCGCGGAGGGAGCCGGCGACGAGGUGGACGAGGUGGACGAGGUGGACGAGGUCGAGACGCCGGGAGCCGCCACAUGUGUGCCCUGCUGCACGUGGCCGCGGUGCCGCUGCUACUGCUGCUGGUCCUCCCGUCCACGCUGGUCGCCCAGGUGGACAUCGGCCUGUGCCGCUAUGCCCUGGGGAUGCAGGAUGGCACCAUCCGCGACGAGGACAUCUCCGCCUCGAGCGAGUGGUACGAGUCGACCGGGGCGCGCUUCGCCAGGCUGAACCUGGAGGAAGGCGACGGUGCGUGGUGCGCCGACGGCCCCGUGACGCCGCAGCACUCGCAGUUCCUGCAGGUGGACCUGCGGCGUCUCCACGUGGUCACGCUCGUCGGCACGCAGGGUCGCCACGGCAACGGCCUCGGCAACGAGUUCGCCAGGGCCUACCGCCUCGAGUACAGCCGCGACGCGCACCGAUGGCUGCCGUGGAGGGACCGCCGCGGCAACCAGGUGAUCCAGGGCAACGUGAACACGCAGGACGUGGUGCUCAAGGACCUGGGGCCCGCCCUCGUGGCGCGCUUCGUGCGCUUCGUCGCCGUCACCGACCGCGCCAUGAGCGUGUGCAUGCGCGUGGAGCUCUACGGCUGCCCCUGGGCUGACGGGCUCGUCUCCUACUCGGCCCCCGAGGGAGAGACGCUCCUCCUGCCCUCCCUGGCGCCCGCCAACCUCAACGACUCCACCUACGACGGCUUCAUCGCCUCCCGGCAGAUGUACGGCGGCCUGGGCCAGCUGACGGACGGCGUCUGGGGCCUGGACGACUUUGCGCUGAGCCCCGAGCACCGCGUGUGGCCGGGCUACGACUACGUGGGCUGGAGCAACGGCAGCCUCAGCCUGCCCUACCUCCUCAUGCACUUCGAGUUCGACGAGCCUAGGAACUUCUCGGCCAUGAAGGUCCACUGCAACAACAUGUUCCAGAGCGGCGUGCAGACUUUCCGCGAGGCGCGCUGCUUCUUCCGCCGCUCCGACAGCGACGAGUGGGAGGGCGGCGGCGGCGGUGACGACGGUGGCGGUGGUGGUGGCGGUGAGGGCGGCGGUGGUGGCGGUGAGGGUGGUGGUGGUGGCGGUGGGGGUGGUGGCGGUGGUGAGGGUGGUGGUGGUGGAGAGGACGUGGGCGUGGGGCUGGUGGUGGAGCCGGACACGGUGGACCCGCGCGCACGCUUCAUCACCGUCCCGCUGGGCCAGCGCAACGCCAUCGCCAUCAAGUGCCACUUCUACCUGGGAGCCGCGUGGCUCCUCAUCAGCGAGAUCUCGUUCCACUCGGACCGGAGCCAGGAGCCCGUGUCACGAGCCCCGCCCCCUCCCACCCCGCCGAGGGGGGGGGCCCGCAGCCCCCCACCGCCCCCACCGCCCGCCCCACCAGGGGGGGGCGCCCCGCCCCCACCGCCCCCCUCUGGCACGCGCGGGCCGGAGGUCACCAGCCGCGCACACGCAGGCACGAGGGUGCCGGGGGCCCCGGGGGCCACGCUGUCCGGGAGGCCCAUGGACACGGCCGACGAGAGAGCGCCCGUGCUGGUCGCCUGCCUCGUCGCCAUCAUCCUCCUCCUCGUCGUCAUCAUCGCACUCAUCCUCUGGCGGCACAACUGGAGGAAGUUCCUCGAGAAGGCCCCGCGCGCCAUGCUGGAGGACGGCAUUACGGUGCGUCUGUCGGUGCCGUGCGACACGGUGAUGUUCAACGGGCGCUCGCUGCAGCGCGCCGGCUCGGCCCUGCCGCAGACGAAGCCGCCGCCGGCGCUGCCACCCGGCUACCGCGAGCCGGGCACGCGGCCCACACGCCGCCUGCUGCACGCGGAGCGCACACUCGAGCGCGCCGAGGGCGGCGGCUGCGGGGACUACGCGGAACCGGAGCUGCCGCUGUUUGACGGCGCCCAGCACUACGCCGUGGCCGACAUCCUGGACAUGCAGGGCGUGACGGGCAGCAGCGCCUACGCCGUCCCCGCGGUGCCGGGAGACGCGGCGGCGGCGGUGCCCCUGGGCCACCACGAGGUGCCGCCGGGCCACCGCGGCGUGGCGCGCCUUCUGGAGGUGCCGCGCGAGACGCUGCGCGUGCGGGAGAAGCUGGGGGAGGGGCAGUUCGGAGAGGUGCUGCUGUGCGAGGCCGUGGGGCUGCCGCGGUGCAUGGACGACGACGACGAGGUGGAGGUGGGGGAGGAGGAAAGCGACGAGGGGGGCACGAGGGGGGGGCCGCAGCAGCCCACACUCGUGGCUGUCAAGAUGCUGCGGGAAGACGCCUCCAGCAGCGCCAGGAGCGACUUCCUGAAGGAGAUCAAGACGAUGUCGCGGCUGCGCGACGCUCACGUCGUGCGACUCGUGGGCGUGUGCCUGCGCGACGAGCCGCUCUGCAUGCUCGCCGAGUACAUGGAGAACGGAGACCUGCACCACUUCCUGUCGGCACACCGCUGGGAGGGACAGGGCCCCGGGCCCACGCUCAGCGUGGUGGAGGUGCUGCUCAUGGCCGUGCAGGUGGCCGCCGGCAUGUCCUACCUGGCGUCGCUCAACUUCGUGCACCGCGACCUGGCGUCGCGAAACUGCCUCGUGGGGCCGGCGCACACCAUCAAGAUCGCCGACUUCGGCAUGAGCCGUCACCUCUACAGCAGCGACUACUACCGCAUCCAGGGCCGCGCCGUGCUGCCCAUCCGCUGGAUGGCCUGGGAGAGCGUGCUUCUGGGCAAGUUCACGACGGGCUCGGACGUGUGGGCGUUUGGCGUCACGCUGUGGGAGCUGCUGUCGCUCUGCCAAGAGCAGCCGUACGGCGGCCUCACCGACGAGCUGGUCAUCGAGAACGCCGGGGAGCUCUUCCGCGACAACGGCCGUCAGAUGUACCUGUCCCAGCCGCCCGCUUGCCCCGCUCCCGUCUACGACCUCAUGCUGCGGUGCUGGCGCCGGGAGUCGCUGGACCGGCCGACCUUCCCGCAGAUCCAGAGCUUCCUUGCGCAGGAGGCCUCCUAGCUCGGCCGGGACUAGCGCUGCCGCUGCCACGGCGAUGCGAUGGCGUUCAUCCCACCCGCGCAUCUAGUUCCCAUAUACUUGGCGUGAGACCAGCUGACUCGUCACUCACACAUUCAGAGCCCUUGCAAUCAACUCGCGUGCUUUCUGCUAUCAUUCAUUAUUAUUAUUAUUGCUACUACGUAUGGAAGGGAUGAUGUAUGUAAGGGGGGGAUGUUGUAUGUACGUUGAACGUCUUUCGCAGCGUGCGUAGUCGGAGGUGUGGGGGGGAAGGGCAACAAACUAAACCACAAAAAAGCAGUUCUGAUGAUGAUUAUUAUCGUCAUCAGUUAAAACGAAAUAUAUAUGUGCAAAUGUAAAUAUUGUAAAGUGUGCAUCGGGACCUCGCGAAGAAAAUGUGAAGAUGAUAAAUAUAGCAGACGUCGGGGGAGGGGGUGGGGGGGAGAGCGAGCAAGAAGUGGGUAUUUUUGUAUCGAACUUGUAAUGUGCAUGCAGACUGGAGCGUGUAAUCCCGUCUCCAGGCGUCGCCACACGCAACACAACGCACGCACGUCCCGACGUGCACGCAAACCUUUUAUAAACGCGCGAGAGGCACGUU